AUGCUCCGUACGCUCAUUGUAACCGUGUGCGUGUUAGCUCAUGGUCUGGCGUUGCCCACCAGGGCGCGGCCCGUGUUCCUUGGCCGGGGUCGGGUCAUCGGAGGCAGUGAUGCCAGCAUCUCUGACUACCCUUACCAGGCAUCGCUGCUGCAAGAUGGCUCCCAUUUCUGCGGCGCUUCCAUCAUUAGCGGGACCUGGACUCUCACUGCCGCCCACUGCGUCUUGCGUACGUCCGCGAGCAGGCUGGGCAUGCGCAUAUCUGACUCCUUCCCCCUGGGAGCUACCGAGCAGGUUGUGAGUCUCGCCGCCGCGAAUUACGACCCACCUGGCGGCCUCGCUGCCACGCUGACCGGCUGGGGCUCGGUGCAGUUCAACGGCGGCGUGGUGGACACCCUCCAGAAGGUGGACCUCAGCGUCAUGGACCGGCAGGCGUGCCAGAGCUAA